GCGGGCUGCGACGCCGGCGGUGGGCCAGAGCCGAGGCAUCGGUGGUGUGUAGCGGGGCUCGGUCUGGGCAGCGGCGGGCAGAAGCACCUGGCCCAGCGUCGGCGGCUCCGGGGCGGGGGCGCCAGCGGCGAAGCCCCCUCCCCGGGGAGGCGGGGCCGGGCCGGCGCCGGGGCAUCAUGCAUCAGAAGCUGCUGAAGAGCGCGCACUACAUCGAGCUGGGCAGCUACCAGUACUGGCCGGUCCUGGUGCCCCGCGGCAUCCGCCUGUACACCUAUGAACAGAUCCCGGUGUCCCUCAAAGAUAACCCCUACAUCACCGACGGCUACCGGGCCUACCUGCCUUCCAGGCUGUGUAUCAAAAGCUUGUUUAUUUUAUCCAAUGAGACAGUAAACAUCUGGAGUCAUUUGCUGGGUUUCUUUCUCUUCUUCACCCUGGGAAUAUAUGACAUGACAUCCGUGCUGCCAUCAGCAAGUGCAUCCAGAGAAGAUUUUGUCAUUUGCUCCAUUUGUCUUUUCUGCUUCCAGGUCUGUAUGCUCUGCUCAGUGGGCUAUCAUCUCUUCUCCUGUCAUCGGUCAGAAAAGACUUGUCGAAGAUGGAUGGCAUUGGAUUAUGCAGGGAUUUCUAUUGGAAUACUGGGCUGCUAUGUCUCGGGAGUAUUUUAUGCAUUUUACUGUAAUAAUUAUUGGCGGCAAGUGUACCUGAUCACCGUGCUGGCAAUGAUCCUGGCAGUGUUCUUCGCACAGAUCCAUCCCAAUUACCUCACACAACAGUGGCAGCGGCUCCGCCCCAUCAUCUUUUGUUCUGUUUCGGGGUAUGGCGUGAUCCCUACUCUUCACUGGGUUUGGCUCAAUGGAGGAAUCAGUGCUCCUAUUGUACAGGACUUCGCACCCCGAGUAAUAGUGAUGUAUGUGAUUGCUCUUCUGGCUUUCCUCUUCUACAUUUCCAAAGUUCCAGAACGGUACUUUCCAGGACAGCUAAACUACCUCGGAUCAAGCCACCAGAUCUGGCACAUCCUUGCAGUAGUGAUGUUAUACUGGUGGCACCAGUCAACAGUGUAUGUCAUGCAGUACAGACAUAGCAAGCCUUGCCCUGACUAUGUUCCGCACCUCUAAGUUCAGGAGUUAUUGCCGAGUCCACCUGGAGCAUCUACUGUUUAGAGGGGAAUGGAGCAGCACCAAAUGGGUCUAAUUCCACUGGCUGGGGCUGUUGGGACUCAUGUGGAGCCAGGCUUUGCACCACGAGUUCUGUGAAGGGCACAGCACCGAAGUCAUCCAUUCUCAACGCGUCUGCACUAUGGAAUGACCCAUGUACUGAAUUCUGCCUUGGCCUCCCGGGCAGGAUGGCAUUGUGAUCAACACGGAUGUCGCUUAGGCCCUGAUGGGACUGGUGCCACGACAACUCGGGCGGAUGGAAGGGCUUGGCACCAAAGGGGUCCAGCAGGCUCUCCUCGGGUUGCAGGACACUGCCCCUGUCUUUGCCGUCGGUCAGGGCGACGCUGAUGUUUUCCUUGGAGUCUGAAAUGGUUAAGAACUCACUGCUGCUUUGUGAGUCUCGGCGGCCCACCUUUUUGUGUCUGCGAGCCCUCUCAGGGGUGCGGUAGGGGGGCUUCAGCGUCUUCUUUGCGCUGGUGGGUGUGCCGUGGUGGCGCUUCCCAUUGCUUUUGGACAUGUCCUGCUUUGUGCGUCUCUGUCGAGAAGACAGUUUCUGCAGGCUGCGCUGUUUGACUUUUUGCUGCUGGCUCCCAGUUAUUUCUUCAAAGGGGACGAGCCCAAAAACAUCCUCCCUGCUUUCACUUAGGCUCGCGGCUGAUGUGGAAAACGGCUGAAAGGGGGUGGAGCCAAAGAUAUCUACACUCCUGGGCCGCGCAGGCAGGGGGCGGGUGUCGGAGCCCACCGCGGGCCAGUCCUGCACCUUCUUGUUGAAGGGUGCCUUUGUGAACACAUCAAAGUCCUCCUGCUCCGGAAAAGUCGGCCUGGAGAGGUUCUUCCCAUUCCCUCUGUGCUGCGGCUGUGGGGCGCGCACUGCAAAGAAGGGAACAGCACCGAACACAUCGAACUCCUGACCGGGAGUCGGGGCAUCAGCUGGAGAAUGGGCAGGGGAGAGGAGUGGGGGGUCACGCGCUGGGCUCCGCCCACCAGCAGGUUUGUCUCUGUGCAGGGAGCUCAGGUCUCCACACUUGGCUUUAGGCUGUUCAUACUCUGAGUCAGAGCUGUGUUUGUCUUCCUCUUCCUCGUCUUCAGAGUCCAUGAGCAGAGGCCUGUGACCCAAGUUCUCCGGCUCGGUGUCCUCAUCAUUAAAGUCCCCGUGUUCUCCCUGA